AUGAAAGUGUUGAAUUCAAAUAGCGUUGUUUAUGCUGCUGUGUUACUUAGCGAUUUAUCUAAUGGUUUAUCUCUGUUUGGUAACAAGAAACCACAAUUGACUAAAAGAGAUGGUUCUGAAAUUGAUAAUUUUAUUAAAUUUAAAUUCGAUAAAUCUUAUGGUGAUUCUUAUAAGAACUCUUCAAAAAGAAAUAAACCUAAAUUAGAUAUUGUCAAAAGAGAUGGUUAUGAAGAAAUCGAAUUGAAAAAUGAGUCUUCUUUCUAUUCAAUUAAAUUGUCUAUAGGUACUCCUGCGCAAAAUGUUACAGUUCUAAUCGACACAGGUUCUUCGGAUCUAUGGGUCACUGGUUCAGAUAAUCCAUUAUGUUCUUCGGAUGAUGCUACGUUCACUGGCUCAGAUGGUAGUUCGCAAUCCUCUAUUGAUUGUAGUUUGUACGGUACUUUUGACAUUGAUGAUUCAUCAUCCUUCACUUCAAAUGACACCAGUUUUGCUAUUACUUAUGGUGAUGGUAGUUAUGCUCUGGGCAAUUGGGGUCAAGAUGUUUUAAGUUUGCAAGAUAUAGAUGUCACUGGUUUGUCAUUCGCUGUUGCAAACUACACAAACUCUACCGUCGGUGUCUUGGGUAUCGGUUUACCAAGUUUGGAAGCCACUUAUUCAGGUUCUUUAGCAGGAUCAAAUCCCUAUCAAUAUGAUAAUUUGCCAUUAGUCUUGAGAAACUCAGGAGCUGUUAAAUCAUAUGCUUACUCUCUGUUUUUAAAUGAUGAGGAUUCAAGCGAGGGUUCCAUCUUAUUUGGUGGUGUCGAUCAUUCAAAAUAUGAAGGUACUUUAAACACUCUGCCAUUAGUCAAUUAUCAAAAAUCAAGUGGUUUCCAGUCACCAUAUGAAUUCGAUAUUACUUUACAAGGUUUAGGUAUCAGUACCUCUUCCAAAAAUACCACCGUAUCUGAUACCCAAAUUGUCGCUCUAUUGGAUUCUGGUACUACCUUAACGUAUUUACCAGUUACAUUAACCUCUUUAUUAGCUGCCGAAUUAAAUGCAAGUUAUUCUGCAAGACUAGGUUACUAUACUAUGUCCUGUCCAAGCUCUUCUGACUCUACUGAAAUCGUUUUUGAUUUUGGUGGUUUCCACAUCAACGUCCCAUUAACAAGUUUCAUUGUUACUUCUUCUAUGAAUGUUUGUAUUUUGGGUAUUAUACCACGUUCCGGUGAUCAAGCUAUUUUAGGUGAUUCUUUCUUACAACAUGCUUAUGUCGUCUAUGAUUUAGAGAAUUUAGAAAUUUCACUGGCUCAAGCUAAAUAUGGUUCUUCUUCUGAAGACAUUGAAGCCAUUGUUUCUUCUGUUCCAAGUGCUGUGAGAGCAGCUAGUUAUUCCAACACUUGGAGUACUGCUGCUACCAUUAAUAGUGGUGGUGACAUUUUCACCGUCUCAACUACUGCUUCUAACGGAACUACCAGUAGCGGCAGCAGUACAAGAAGCUCGACAUCUUCAAGAAGAACAGGAACGGCUACUUCUUCAAGCACAGGCUCGGCUAAAGAUAGUUCUGCUUCAUCGCUUAGGCCUAGCUCAUCUACAAUCGAUAGUGUAUCUGGCAGCUCUGGCAGCAGCAGCAGCACCAGCUCUACUUCUAUAAGUAAUUCAGCUACCACAUUAGCUUCAACUACUCGUUCUUCAUCUACUUCGUCUUCCUUAUCUACUUCAACAUCAAGUUCCCGUACAAGUUCUUCGAAUAGCAAUUCAAAUGGUUCAAACAUAAUUGUCCCUUCUUUUAUUACGAUUUUAGCAUCCCUUUUUUAUUUUAUCUAG